CUCGGCAGGCGGGCCGCUGGGGUCUCGAGCAGUUGCAAUCUGUUGCGCCGCCGCCCAAGGGAGCCGGCAGAUCCGGGUCUCGUGGCUAAGAGUGACGUGGUCAGUCGAAUCAAAACAGAGGAGGGGAGGAAGCCGGCGGUCGGGAGCAGCACCGGCAGAGGCGUCCCGAGCGGCCGUAGCGUUCUGGAAGCUCCAGGCGGUCUUUCUGCCGAGCCUUGCUCCUGGCCCCCAUCCUCCCCGCCCCGUCGGUUUGUUUUCUGGGCGGAUUUAAGCAAUCAAGAUAAAUCAAGCUGGGAAAUCAUGGCAGAAGGUGGAUUUGAUCCCUGUGAAUGUGUUUGCUCUCAUGAACAUGCGAUGAGAAGGUUGAUCAAUCUGUUGAGGCAGUCCCAGUCCUACUGCACAGACACAGAAUGUCUUCAGGAAUUACCAGGACCCUCUGGUGAUAAUGGCAUGAAUAUUACCAUGAUCUUAAUGGCCUGGAUGGUUAUUGCAGUGAUCUUGUUUCUACUGAGACCUCCUAAUCUAAGAGGAUCCAACCUAACUGGAAAGCCAACAAGUCCCCAUAAUGGACAAGAUCCACCAGCCCCUCCUGUGGACUAACUUUGUGAUACAGGAAGUGACAAUAGUUAACACCUUGCACGACCAAAUGAACGAAGAUAACCCGAGUACUCUUAACCCGAUUAGAAGUGUUUUCUUUUUGCAUCUGCAAAAUGGGAUGGUAUAGUUUUCAUGAGCUUCUAAAAAUUUCACUUGCAAGCUUAUUUUUGCUUCCUGUGUUACCACCAUUCCUUUUCAUGGUAUACUUGAGUUAAUGAUUAUAUUUUUAAAAGUUACAUGGGCUUUUUUAGUUAUCCUAAAUGUAAACAUUCCACUCAUUCUAUUUGUUAACUGUGAUCAUAAUUUUUGUGAUUUCUGGCCUGAUUGAAGAAAACCUGAGAUCUCUGCAUUUAAAUAUUUUAAAUAGUUUUGUAGGUUUUAAAAUUGCUCUUUUCACAAUUUAAAAAGUCACUUGAGCUAUAUUUACAUUUGCUUUGGUAGUUCAUUUGUGGGUGGCAAUUUUCUCUAGUUCUUGGGACUGUGGCAGCCUUUGGAAUAUUUUAUAAGUUAUAGCUGAAAUCUGUCAUCCACCAUAGCUGGCUUAUGUGACUAGAAAAGCAGGAGAGACAAAAUGAAAUAAUUACUUAGUGAAUGUUUUUUAUUCCCAUAAAAAUAUCUAAUAUUAAGAAAACUUUAAAUAAACAUGAUUUAAAUAUGGUAGAUGAUUUAUAGUCCAUUAUGUGACAUUUGUAAGCCACUGCACUAGCCUUACAAGGUUCAUGAAAGGAGGAAAAAAAUUAAUUCUUUCUGCCUUUGCCAGAUAUAAUCUAUACAGAAAUAAUUUAAGUUAUAAUUUAUUUUUUGAAUGGGUGCCUCUCAGGAAGCUGCUUUUCUGUUCUAACACUUUCCUGUUAAGUGAAACUAUCUUAAAGUUGCAUUGGGGUCUUGUUUGGUUGCUGACAUUUGAAUGCUUACUUGCUCUUUUUUUUUCUUACAAGAAAAAAAUUUGAGUCUUUUGUUAUCCUUCUUAAUUUACAAGACGGGAAAAGGAGGAAAAUGAUAAGCAAUCAGAUCUUUUUCUUCCCUCAUCUCAUUCUUGUUUGGGAAUGGGAUGAAUCAGGGUAGAGAGAAGCAUUAAUAUAAGUAAAAAUUUUGAAAUGUACAAAAAGUAGAAGACUGCAUUGUUUUGCCCAGUUUGAAAGAAAAUUCAUAGAAAUGGCAUUUUUAGAAAGUCUGCAUGACUUUUGUGAUUAUAGAAUUUUUUCUUAGGAAGUGAUUAAAAAUGACCUGUGGUACUAGAAGUUUUUUUCUAUCAAUGUAAGGAUUUUUUCAUCUUAGAUCAGUCUAGCUUUUCACUGUAUCAAUCUGAGAAAUUGUAUGAAUCAAGUAAACUUCUCUUUAUCUUUGUACUGUUUAAUAGAGUCUCUGAUAGAAUUGUGUGAUGCUCUUAGAGUAUUUUCCCCCCUUUAUUAUGGUUACAUUCUAGGCCAUAAACAUUAUAAGGGCUUCAUUUCAUCAUAUAAUACACUAUUGACUGCUUAGAUUCCUCCUGUGCAUCUUGGCUUUGUAAUCAACUUCUUGAAAUAAUAUAACCUACUGUUAAUUACUCGUGCUAAUUGAGGGAUAUCAUAACACACAUAAGUCAAAUCUGGAUAAAUGAACACCACAAAUUUAAGGUUUUUUCUCUUGCCGUGUCCUACUGGAAGCCUUCGCAACUCUAUAGCUAUUUAAAGCAGAAAGGGUAGAAAUGGCAUAAAAUGUAGCUAAAUGCCUAUAAGCAUUCCUUUUUCUGCUCUUGCCUCCUGAAUUUUGAAGACUUGCACAUACAUCCUAGCAGUUUAUUUCCUAAGCUGCUAGAAAGCUGGUGUCUAGCAGAGAUACUGAUGUACUCACUGAAUCUACAGUUCACAAAUAAUUGAGGAUUGGCUUUGGUUGAAGAUGUGGCUGUGUCAUAGAAACAGAAUGUCCGGUGUUAGCUAGAGACCUGGAAAUCUUAUUCUGGAAAUUCUUAUUCUUAGUUCUUCACUUCUGUCACAUACACUUAAUUGACAUUACAUCUAGAAUACUAACCUUUUUCUAUAUGGACCAUCUAUUUAAUUAGUAAUAAAAUUUAUUAGUGAAAUAUUUAGUCUUCAGUUACCUCUAAAAUUCUUUGCAUUCCUGAAAAAGACAGUGUAUUACUGCAUAUAAAGGAUUCCUAUCAACCUAACAAGUAAUUUAUAUCAUUCUAUUUAAUUCUUAAAGCUUCUACAUGUGGCCUUCUUAUUGAGCACACUCUUAUUCAUUAUUUGGCCUGUAAACAUUCACCUGAACUGUGACUACAAUCAUUUUUCAAUAAUCUGGAAAAACGAGAGAUAAAGUUUCACAUUUUAAUCACUUUGGCUUUUAAAUAUUCUGCAAAUACCAUUAAGAGUUCAUUUUGGUUUAGAGUAAUUUAAUGUUGUUUUAAGCAAAAUAAUUUGUUUUUGCUUUCCAUAUAGAAAAAGUUAACAUUGGAACUGUAUAUAGUAAAAGAUUUUAUCAUGUACCUAUCCAAGCACCAUUCCAAACUCAGCAGGUUAUAUUUUAAACAGCUUGCAGAGAUUUUCCAAAGUAAGCUAUUAAGUUCAGCUAUUCCAUGGUUACUUUUAGUGUCUUUGUGGUAUGUCAUGUGAUAGUGUUUAUGAAAUUAAAAAAUUCUUAAUUUUCAAAGGAACCUUGGAAAUAUAUCACUCUGAAUGAAAGUCUGUCACUCUAAAUGAGUAUGUGCUAAAAUUUGACCAGCUCAGCUUAAGACAAAAAACAGCAACUUGGAGGAGAAAUGAAGAGAGUUUACAGUUAGUGGGUUAAAUUUUUGUUGUUGCAAUAGUACGUUUAGUCUUAACAUAAUAUUUCUAAUUGAAAAGUUAUAUGUAUGUGUCACCAUAUCUGAUGAUUACUUUGUUAAAAGCAAAAUGGGUCAUGUGAUAUAUUAAAUCUUAAUUGCUGUUUUUAAAUGUUUGAUCAUGCCAAACAAAUCAUGUCUGUGCCAUCCAGGGUUUAUUGUAAUCUAUUAAUGAGUACUUGGAUUGGGGUAAAGGGCUUGUACUAUGCACUUUUUAUUAAAGAAUAAAUAGAAAAUGUUAGUAAAACUC